AACAGCGCUCGAGCCUCCCUGCUUCUGGUGCUUCCAAGCGGUUCUCGUCGCUCGAAUUGCAUUUAUCGCACUGCUUUUGUCGCACUACGCACGCGAAUUAUGACUGGUUACGGCACGCCUCCUCGGCCAAAGGCGCUGGCGAAGGACGAGGAACGCGCGCCAGGCGCAGAUCAAGGCAAGCGGCACGUGGAGCUAGACACUCAGCGACCCCACCACUCGCACUCCCAUCAGCCGCCGGCAACGCCCAUGUCGGUGGUCGAGGAGCAAUGGAAGGAGUGUCGCAGCCUCUCCCACCUGGGGAUCUUCAUGCCACUCUACCUGCUGCCGCUGCUGUUCUUCGGCCCCAAGUAUGGAGGCUGCCUGUACUGCCUGCUCCUGCCGCUGCUACUGUGGGCCUUCAACUCGCUGCCCAAGCCUGUCACAUCGCUCGUGCAUCUGGUCACCGUGCCGCUGCUGGGCCUCAUGGAUACAGAACGCGUAGCUCACAAAUACCUUGCAGCCGACGUCCUGACCAUGGUCCCGCUGCUGUUCCUGGUGGUGGUGAUGGACCGCUGGAGCGACGUGGUGCUCGCCACGGCGCAGGGAAUGUGCGCGCGCUUCGGCCUGCGCCGGGGCCCGCUGUUCGCCGGCGCGUGCGCCUGCUCGUUCGCCUGCUCGUGGGUCUUCUCGAGUGCCGUCGCGUCGGUGGCGCUGCUGUACUUCCUGGACCGCGUGCUGACCACGACGUUCAGGGAGAACAUGGACCAAGCGCAGGAUGGCGGCGCCCUCUGGUCACCGCCCCCGCGCAGGCGUUCCUCGCAGCAGGACUCGGCCUCCAUGGCUGCUCGUCCACCUCACGAAGAGGACCACGUGCUUUUCGAACGGCUGACGCAGCUGGUCCUCAGCACGCAGAAGCCCAAGAGCCCAACGCGACACUUCAAAAGGGAGCGAGAGGCAGACGAGGUCAGCAACCUGUCCCAGGCCACCGACGGCGCGACGACUACUGUCACUAUCGAUGAAACCUCUGGAAAGCUGCCAUCGACUCAUUCUAACGAGGACGUCCAACGGAUCGACGCUAGCUCGUCCCACAAGGCCGACAACAAGAGGAAGGCGCCAUUCCGCUUGUGGCGUCUGGGCUGGUACAAGUGGAAUAAACCGCCCGCCAAGCCUAAGGGCCGCAGGGAAGCGUUGACACAGACAGCCGCGAGUACGGAUGCCGCUCUCUCCACCGACCCUCGUGAAUGCCUAGGUCACGUGGCCAAGCAAGGCGAGAGUGCCCCGGCUGAUUCCAUGCCAACGUCCGCUGCACCCGACAGGCAAGCAUCUGCAAGCCAAGCAGACAAAGUGCCCCAGUCUCGAAAAGGUCCAUUCGACAUCGCGACGCCAUUCGCUGCGGUCCGGAAACGGCGACAGUUGAGAAGGCUGAAGAAGCAGCAGCAGCAGCAGCAGCAGCAGCAGCAAGAACAGCGGCAGCCGCAAAAGCAGGAGCCUCCUCCACGGCCACCAGAGCUCCCGUCAUCCAAUCCCACGUUCGCCGAAAGCAAGACCGACACGCAGAUUCCGGUGCAAUCCACGAUGACCACCAGUAAAACGACGACGGAACCGCUGCGGCUGUCUCAUCCUCAACAUGAGUCCAGUACCAAGCAGCGAGACGCUUCCAACCUCGACCGGCACCCCAACACUCCUACCGGCGCAACGAGCCAGCAUCCCUCGAGCCAGUCACGCUUCCAGUGGCUCCGCAAGUUCAGCGUCUUCGGGGGCACGUCGGGCCCCAAGCGCAUCGCUGAGGAGAAAUCGAAAGAGGGUAACGCGCCUCGCGCAGCCUCAAAGAUGCGUGAAACGCACCCGACACAUCAACGUCCGGCCGAUCACGAAAAUGAAGGGUCGAGUCUCUCGUGGACUGAGCUGAGCGAAUGUCGAUUGAGUAGCAGGGAACGUUAUGCGUCUGUGUCGUCGAGCAGAGCACCAGCUACCAAACCCGAGGAUGACAACGUGAAGGAAGUGGGUAGAGUGUUCGUUUUCGAUGCUCUGGCCGAGCACCUGGACUUCGCGAGGAAGGCAUUCAUUACGGCAGCUGCGGGCGUCGUCAACGAGCUAGGCGUUCCGAUCCCCGGCGCCGAAUCCGAGAUCAGCAUCACACCUGAGGCAAGCAUUUUGUCCCCUGCCGUCCAGGGCAGUGGUUGUGCAACAGCUCCGAACAGUGUCACACCGAUGGACGGGGCCGUUCUAUUUAGCUUAGAUAGAGCCGCCGCAUUGGACGUACCCACCCACGCCCUGAAGACGGACGAACGCGACGAGAAAAAAGAAGCCCAAGGCGACGAAGCCUCCGACAAGACCCAUUCGAAAAAGCGCUCCAGAAAAAACAGGCACGGGAGAGAAAAGAAAAAGCAGCAAACCUGUAGGAGUUCUGCUUCCUCGAGUAAGUCCUCGGGGAGGUCCUCCGAACGGUCCUCCCGUAGUCAGACGCCGCGAGCUUCAAACAAAAGCAACCUUCAAGGAAAAAGAAACGCGCCCGUGUUUGUUUCCUUCAGAGAGGAGGAACAACAUGACUUGAAAGGUUCGGAGGCUAACCCUGAUGGUUCCUCAAGCGAUGGUAAGGGCCGAGAAGCCAAGGGUUACCAAGGCGUCGAUUUGGCCGCUACUACCGAGCGCCGACGACACGAAGGGCCGAGCGCCCGACUCGUUGAACCAAACGCGUGCGAGAUCACGGACAUAAACGCACAGGAAGCCCGUUGGCCACCUGCACGGGAAGAUCCGGAAGUUCCAGAACAAUUCUUGGUUCAACUGGAAGCCAGAAAGGUUAGCGUUGCAAUCGCGGCUUCGGCUUCCGCGCGUGAGCCAGAGCAGGGUGGACAGCAUGGUAGCCGCGAGAGGGAAAGCCUGCACAAGGGCAGCCAACUGUCGAAGUCGUCCCUCAAGAAGAGCCGCGGUUCUGACCACCCCAAGAGCAAGCUCGGCGACACGGGAGCCAAGAAGGCGGCGGUAAAAAUGUUUAAGACGGGCUACGAACGGCGCACCAAGAGGAAGCCAGCGGACCACCACCUCGGAAGCCCGCGUCCUACGCCCGAGCCUACCGUUGAUGACGAGGACCGAGCAGAAGAGCAGCGAAAGGGAAUUUUCGCAACGGCCGUAAGCGCCAGCAUGCCUGAAUUAGUCGAGGAGUCGCAGUCUUCGAAAGCGGCCGAAACGCCAAAGCCAGCUGCCGUCGCGGUGGUCGCCGACAGGGACGACUCCAAGUCCGCGGCUGGGGCCACGUCGACGGUGCUGCAGCCACAGAAUGCACUGACGGAGCAGCAAGAGAGCACGCCAUCCACCGUCUCGGGUCUUCUGAAGCGCAGCCCCGCCGUUCCAUUGGCGGCGAGUUCUGCACCCAGGCAGAGAUUGCAGUCCGUCGUCUCUUUCGGAGAGGACGUGAAGGAAAUAUCCAAGGAAGAAUCCUCCACCACGGAAAAGCUCACGCCCCUCUCCCACCUAUUCGAAAGGGCUCCACGGUUGGCGCCCAAGCGGGGCCUCUCGACUAUCCUCAGGGUUCCCGGCUCGGGUACGGGGUCCGCGCGUCCUGGGUCCUCGGUCGACUUUGGGCCUACGCAGUGCGCUGUCAUCAGCCCCGCGGAACAGCACCCCGGUGCCACAACGCCCCGCCUGCUGCAAUCCCGGUUGUCUACGGGCAGCCACUCCUCGACGGCCGACAGCGAAGCGUUGUUGCGGCCUCCCAUCUCGCUGCGUCAGAGGAUGGACAACCGAAGCGCUCCCCUUCACGAGAUGUCCUCGAUGCGAAGUGCUUCCAGCGGCCUGAUUUCCCUACUCGACAGCCGCUUGGGAAGCCAGCUCGCACUGCCCACAAGAAGCUCGAAGACCAAGAGCGCUCGUCUGGACGUGCACAACGCCUUCCUCAUGGGUCCUUCGCUGAUGAGCGUGCUGGGAGACAUCUGCAGCUUCCACGCAAGCGGCAACAAGAGUGCGCUGAAGGUCGUCUCUCUUGCAACGGAAGUCACGGAGCAGCCAAUAACCAGCGUGAAGUGGGCAAUCGUGACGCUUCCCGGAGUGCUACUGGCACUGGUCACCUGCAGCACAGCCGUCUGGCUUCUUUACGUCAGGCCACACGAACCGGCGCCCAUGGCUGCAGAAAACCUGGCCGUCAUCAGGGCUGCUCAACAGAAGCGCGCCCGUCGAAGCAAACAAAGGGGCCUUCGCUAUGCCUGCGCUGCGUACGUGGCCAUCUUUAGUUUCGUGUACCCGCUCUCGCUUGUGCUCGGUUUGACUGAUAGGAUGGCCCUGCUGACAGCGCUGACGUCGAUGAUGCUGAUGACGAGCCUGCUGACGUCGUUCCUGCAGGCGGCCUUCGACUUCGUGCGGCACAUCUGGCGAAUGAUGCCGUGGGGCGUGCUCUUGCUGCUCGGUGCCACGCACGUUGCCUCCGAGCUGCUGCGGACAUACGAACUCCCGCAAGAGGCGCUCGGGGUUGAGUCCAGUUCUUUUUGGGAGGAGCGCAGCCCGCUCGAGGCGCAGACCAUGCUGGCCUUCGCCACCUCGGUGAUGGCCGAGACCGCGGACAAGCGGGUGCUGGUCGAGAUCAUGACGCCGGCCGUGGUGCACGUCGCCGAGAUUCAGCGCAAGUACCCGGCCUACUACGCCAUCCCUGUGAUCGUGGGCGCUUCGAGCAACUUCAUCAUGCCGGCGUCGAUGCCACUCGCUCUCCUGCACGAGAUGGCGCGGGUGCAGUUCUGGAAGCUGUUUCUCUUGGGCCUGUUCGCCAAGAUUAUCGUCAUGGCCAUGGUCAUCGCGACGGUCAACGCAGCCGACAGGGCCGGCCUCUUCGGCACUCAGACCUCUCCGGAAUGAAGAAGCGGGGACGAUUGAUUGGGACGAGGCACUGCACGCCUUGCUAUUGACCUGUAUUGAUCUGUACUUAUGUAACCUGCUUCACAUUGUCGGACUUUCAGCAUUGACUUUACCGAGACCUUUCUCGGUAACCUUGUUGUUCCGACGAAACCCUGCGUGAUUCCUGCGACUUUUUCACGCCCUAUGCCCGGUGAUUUCAGUUGACUGUGUCAGAUGCAAGCGACUUGUUUCGCUCCAAUGAACUCCAGCCAAUAAUCCGAUGACAAGUCGUCGACACUUCACCGGCGAACAUAAUAACUGGCUAUACGAUUACGAAAGUAUGUACACUGAUUCGUGUAGAUGUUGUAGUUUGUAUAGGUAACGUGCGCAUGUUGAAUGUCGUUAGCGACCCUACCGGUGAAGGAUGCGCUCGAAGCGCUGACCUUCUAUCCUAAGGUUAAAUUAUUGAGCGUAAAGUAACAAAGAAGACAAGGAAAAAGAUUCAUUGCUAUGGCGUUCAUGUAUCACUCGGUUGUCUCAAUGCGCCGCUGUGGGUCCAAUGCUUGAUUGCGACUGGGAUUGCCUGGGCGCAAAUAACUUGGGACAUUGUUGGUGUUCCACAAUGCAGACCGUGUUGCGCAUCCAAGCACAUCAUAUACAGAAAUUGUUAACAUAGAGUCAAGGUAGCAAGUAAACAAAAUAAAGAGGAAACUCUCUAAUGCUUCGUGGGAAAAAGUAAAGUUUGAAUGUGUCAGUGCGAGAAAAAUAAGGGGUUAGUGAACCGGGUUGAUGGUGACGCGUGCGGCGUGUAGUUAGAAACUAUACACAUGGUGCUGGAUCAAGCGCCAGUUUUUCUUUAUUAGCAAGGAAAGAAAUUCUCGACGCACAUUUUUUGCUUCUUGUUUCAAGGAAUUGGAUACUGCUAUUUUCCAUUACUUCAGACGUUGAAUGGAACGGUGAAAAUUUUGAAAUAAGUAAACCUUACGGUUUUCCU